AUGUCUAUGAGGUUGCAAAGAGUACCAGAAGAAUAUGUGCGGUGGACGAAGCUGCUUUAUGCGAAGCCUACCAGCGUUGUACGAUGUGCUGUUGGAACAAGCAGGCCAUUCCCUGUACGAGUAGAGGUUCAUCAGGGCGACAUUGAUAAAGAAGGUCGAGCACGUGUUAAUGCGGCAUGGAUGAAAUGGAAAAUGGCAACAGGCGUACUGUGCGACAGGAAAGUCCCUGUUCGACUGAAGUCGAAGAUCAACAAGAUGGUUGUGCGUCCUGUUGCCCUUUACGGAUGCGAGUGCUGGCCGACAACGAAAGCCUUGGAAAGAGUGCUGCACGCUGAUGCGGAUGUUGAGGUGGACGAUAGGUGUAACGCUAAAAAAGAAAGUAUCUAA